AUGCUCGCCGCACGAAGGGCAGCUCGGCAAGUCGCCGGGCUGAACCGCCGAUCAUUCGCGACUGUCAAUGACAGUGCCCUCACCAAGAAGGUCGAGAUGACCAACUGGGAGAAGGGUCACUUCAUCAACUACGCCAAGAUGAACGAGAACCUCGGCAUUGUCCGAUCAAGGCUUAACCGCCCGCUCACAUACGCCGAGAAGAUUCUCUACUCACAUCUCGACGACCCGCACGGACAAGAGAUCGAGCGUGGAAAGAGCUACCUCAAGCUCCGUCCCGACCGUGUUGCUUGCCAGGAUGCCACCGCCCAGAUGGCCAUCCUGCAAUUCAUGAGCGCCGGCAUGCCCUCUGUUGCAACACCCUCCACCGUCCACUGUGACCACUUGAUUGAGGCCCAGGUCGGUGGUGAGAAGGAUUUGGCUCGCGCCCAGGACAUCAACCGUGAGGUCUACGACUUCUUGAGCAGCGCUUGCGCCAAGUACAACAUUGGUUUCUGGAAGCCAGGCUCUGGUAUCAUUCACCAGAUUGUCAUUGAGAACUACGCUUUCCCCGGUGGUCUGAUGAUCGGUACCGACUCUCACACUCCCAACGCUGGUGGUCUCGGUAUGGUCGCCGUCGGUGUCGGUGGUGCUGACGCCGUCGAUGUCAUGGCCAACCUCCCAUGGGAGGUCAAGGCCCCUAAGAUCAUCGGUGUCAAGCUGACUGGUCGUCUCGGUGGCUGGACUACUCCUAAGGAUGUCAUCCUCAAGGUCGCUGGUAUCCUCACCGUCAAGGGUGGUACUGGUGCCAUUGUCGAGUACUUCGGUCCUGGUGUUGACAGCAUCAGCUGCACUGGUAUGGCCACUAUCUGCAACAUGGGUGCUGAAAUCGGUGCCACCACCUCGCUUUUCCCCUUCAACGACCGCAUGUACGACUACCUCGCCGCCACCAAGCGUACUGAGAUCGGAGACUUCGCCCGCAGCUACGCCCAGGAGCUUCGUUCGGACGAGAAGGCCGACUACGACCAGCUCAUCGAGAUCAACCUCGACGAGCUUGAGCCCCACAUCAACGGUCCCUUCACCCCCGAUCUUGCCACUCCCAUUAGCAAGUUCGCCCAGGCUGUCAAGGACAACAAGUGGCCCGAGGAGCUCAAGGUCGGUCUCAUCGGCUCUUGCACCAACUCCUCAUACGAGGACAUGAGCCGUGCUGCCUCCAUCGCCCAGGAUGCUCUGGACCACGGUAUCAAGGCCAAGUCUCUCUUCACUGUCACUCCCGGUUCCGAGCAGAUCCGUGCCACUAUCGAGCGCGAUGGCCAGCUGAAGACCCUCGAGGACUUCGGUGGUAUGGUUCUCGCCAACGCUUGCGGUCCUUGCAUUGGUCAAUGGGACCGUCGUGAUGUGAAGAAGGGCACUGCCAACUCCAUCAUCUCCUCCUACAACCGUAACUUCACUGGACGUAACGACGCCAACCCUGCCACUCACUCUUUCGUCGCCUCGCCCGAUCUCGUCGUCGCCAUGAUCAUCGCUGGUGACCUCAAGUUCAACCCGCUCACCGACACCCUCAAGGACAAGGACGGCAAGGACUUCAAGCUCAAGCCCCCGACUGGUGACGGUCUGCCCACUGGCGGAUACGACCCAGGCCGUGACACCUACCAGGCCCCUCCGGCCGACCGUGCCUCCGUCCAGGUCGCCGUCUCCCCCUCCUCCGACCGUCUCCAGAUCCUUUCUCCCUUCAACGCCUGGGACGGCAAGGACGCUCUUGACCUUCCUAUCCUGAUCAAGGCCCAGGGCAAGACCACCACCGACCACAUCUCCAUGGCCGGUCCGUGGUUGAAGUACCGUGGUCACUUGGACAACAUCUCCAACAACAUGCUCAUCGGUGCCAUCAACAGCGCCAACGGUGAGGCCAACAAGGUCCGCAACUUCACCACCAACGAGUACGAUGCUGUCCCCGCCACCGCCCGUGACUACAAGAAGAAGGGUAUUCGAUGGGUCGUCGUCGGUGACUGGAACUACGGUGAAGGUUCUUCCCGUGAGCACGCCGCUCUCGAGCCUCGCCACCUCGGUGGUCUCGCCAUCAUCACCCGCUCCUUCGCCCGUAUCCACGAGACCAACUUGAAGAAGCAGGGUAUGUUGCCCUUGACCUUCUCCGACCCGGCCGACUACGAGAAGCUCCAGCCCGAUGACAAGAUCGACCUGCUCUGCACCGAGCUCGCCGUCGGCCAGCCCUUGACUAUGCGCGUCCACCCCGCCAACGGCGACAAGACCUUCGACGUCAAGCUCAGCCACACCUUCAACGAGAGCCAGCUCGAGUGGUUCCACAACGGUUCCGCCCUGAACACCAUGGCCAAGAAGUCUUCCAAAUAAGUGCAAAAUCAAAUUUUGCAUGUUUGACAAGAUUAAGAGCUCGGAGACGAAGAACAGGACAAAAUAUCUCCAUGCUUGGCAAAUCCCCGGUAGAGUGAAGGAAAGCGCUUGCGCCACGCAGUCAGCCAUCAUACAGAUACGCUCACGCAUGACACCUGACGACAGGAAACGACGGCCUGCAAAGGCCAGGAUAUCCAUCGAGACGGCGGACCCGCGAAGCGCACAGAAUAUCUUGCCAAAUGAUGGCAAAAUAUUGUUGAUGGUGGUUUGAUGGAAAGGCAGGCUCGCAGCUGCAGUAGUUGUUGUUGUCUGAAGGAGGAUAUGUUACAUUGCAUUUGAAAAAUCCCGCGCGAGCCAACCAUGUAUGUAUGUGUCCAAUUGUAUAUGUCUUAUUUUGUG